UUCAAAAUAACCGUAACUAUUCCACCACUCCCCCAAACCCCAACCAUCCCGCUGGCGUGCGCUCUUUACGACCCCCACGAUGUCUCGGCAGUCGGGUCGCACGCCGCUGCCGGGGCUUGGUGGGGGCCACAUCAUCACGCUCCACAUCCAACCACAACUUCUACUAUUAAUCAAACAACAACAUAUAAUCAAUUGCAUCAUCAUCAUCCGCAUCCGCAUCAUCACCAUCAUCAUCCGCAUUUGCAACAUACUGCUAUCUCUGCAACGGCAUCAUUGGCAUCAACGGCUGCAAUUCUACAACAACAAAAUCAACAACAAACAACGCCAACAUCACAUUCCACGCCCACACAUGCGGUCAUGUAUGAAGAUCCCCCACCAGUGCCAAUACUUCCCGUACAUCAGCAACAGCAUCACCUCCCGCAACAACAACAGCUAUCACAACAGCAACAGCAACAACAACAAAUACCAACAACACCAGUUAGCGGACAUAGUCCUACACAAACACCUACUGGUCCUUCAACGCAAACACAACAGCAUCUCACAUCACCACAGCAUCAACAUCAGCAGCAGCAACAGCAGCAGCAGCAACAACAACAACAGACGAAUAGUGUUUCUACAGUUGCGACGUCUAGUUUACAACAGCAGCAGCAACAGCAACAACAGCAACAGCAGCAGCAACAACAACAGCAGCAGCAACAGCAGCAACAAAAACAGCAAAACACAGCAGUGGCGUCCGGCCAAACACAAAUUGUUGCGCCGACACCGGCGAGUGUUUCCCCAUCCAGUGUUAGUUCCCAACCACCAGAUAUGUCCCUCUCAUUAGCUCCAUUACAUUUACCCGUGAUUAGGCCGGGCUUCGAAACUGAUGCUACAGCCGCCGUUAAACGACAUCCACAUCCUUGGGCGUAUGAUGGCGAUGGUUUCAGUUCAGCACAGUAUCAUCAUGCAUCGCAAUAUUACUUAGAUAGAGAUCGUAAGCCUGUCUUUUAUGGCUAUCCAGAUACACAGUUUCAGCCAUAUUGGAAUUAUCGUGAACAGCCAACAUCAGCUGCUGCGGCAGCUUACAUGAGCGCCAGUGAAGAGCGGCAUGCCAGCGUAACUGCAGCAGCAGCCGCUCGUCAAUCUGUAGAAGGCACAUCACAGUCAAGUUAUGAGGCACCAACUUACCCAUCACCUGGCGCUCUUAGAGCCUAUCCAAGUGAAGCAUACGCAAAUACAGGUGGUGGCGCUGUUGGUCCAUGCACACCGACUAAUGCAUUACAUGAGUGGACUGGUCAAGUUUCGGUGAGAAAAAAGCGUAAGCCAUAUUCAAAAUUUCAGACAUUGGAACUUGAAAAAGAAUUCCUAUUUAAUGCAUAUGUGUCAAAACAAAAACGUUGGGAAUUAGCUAGAAACUUGCAGUUAACCGAAAGACAGGUAAAAAUAUGGUUCCAAAAUCGUCGUAUGAAAAACAAGAAGAACUCCCAACGGCAAGCAAAUCAACAAAAUAAUAACAAUAGUUCAAACAGUAAUCAUAAUCAUGGCCAAGCAGCGCAACAGCAUCACAAUACUCAUCACUUGAACUUAGGUUUGGGCAUGGGACAUCAUACCACGAAAAUGCAUCAGUGACCUUUAGAAAAUAGCGGUGCUACGUCUUUGGGAUUUUCCACCUUUUAACAGUUAGCAAACAUAAAAACCGAAACAGUUAAUGAAUUUAAUCAAAUUAAUUUUGUUUAAAAAGUUCCAAUGGCGAUGAAAUUUAUU